AUUAUUUUUAUCGAUCGCGUUGUUUUCAUGAAUACCUUGAGCGCGUAUCAUUUUUGCCGGCGCGGUUAUUAAAAAGUGAAUUGUGUUAGCGAUAAUCUGCUACUAAUUAUUCAAGGUAAAGUAGUUUUUAAAUGGUUCGCGGCGGAAUGAGAGGCAGAGGAGGAAUGGGUCGUGGAAUUGGUAGAGGUCCUUUCAAACCAAAAAUUUUCCUACCUCGUCAUCCAUUCGAUUUGACGCUUUGCGAAAGCACUUUCCCUCGAGUAAAGCCAAUACCUGAUGAAACGGCGUUUACUCAAGCGCUGCUCAAGAGAAAUGCAGAUCUUUCCCCAACACCUGCAGAACAAACUGCAAUUUUGAACUUGGUAACUAAGAUACAGUCUGUAUUGGAUAAUUUGGUAGUUGCUCCCGGAGGAUUUGAUGCAUGUCAAUUGGAAGAAGUUCGACAAGUUGGGUCGUUUAAGAAAGGCACAAUGGUAACAGGACAUAAUGUUGCCGAUAUUGUUGUUAUUCUAAAAACGUUACCAACACGUGAAGCAGUGGAAGCUUUAGGAAAUAAGGUUAAAGAAGAUCUUAAAAACUUAAUGAAAAGCGAGGUUGUACCAAAAGGUGAAGCACUAACCCAUGAAAUUAAUGAGCGGGGCUUCGAGAUAAGUAACAGCUUUGCCUGUGUGCGAGUCUUGGUAACUACAGUACAUCACAACCUACGCAAAUUAGAUCCCGAAAUACACCUCGAUCAAAAAAUUAUGCUAAGCCACUUAGCCGCCAUACGUCAUAGUCGAUGGUUUGAAGAAAAUGCUCAUCAUUCGUCCAUUAAAGUUCUGAUCCGUCUCCUUAGAGAUUUAAGAAGUCGGUUUGAUGGAUUUGAAGCUUUAACUCCGUGGAUGCUGGAUUUAUUGGCUCACUUCGCUAUUAUGAACAAUCCAAGUCGUCAAGCUUUGCCAAUCAAUCAAGCAUUUCGCAGAGUUUUCCAAUUAUUGGCGGCGGGAUUAUUUUUGCCUGGAUCAGCUGGUAUUACAGAUCCUUGUGAAGGUGGCAGUAUUCGUAUUCACACCGCAAUGACUCUAGAACAGCAGGACAUUUGCUGUUUAACUGCACAAACCUUACUGCGUGUGCUUUCGCAUGGUGGCUAUAAGCAUAUUUUAGGUCUAGAAGAGAAUGCCUCAAUUGCGAAAGAGAUGUCUGUUUGGGAUGGUGUUGUAGUCUCACCUUUAGAUAAAGCAUACGAUAAGACACCAGAGAAGAAAGACGGCGAAGAAGAAGAUGAAGAUAUGGAAGCAGAAGGAGACGAAAGUAUGGAAACCACAGAAAACUGUUGAUUUAAUAUGAUAGACAUUGCUAUUGUGUGAGUAUUAGGUUAAUCAAGUCGCCUCGAUUUCGUUUUUAUUAAUUUGCUUUUUUAUAUGUGUCUGUACGUGAUGUGAUGUCAAAAACUUGUAAUGAAUAAAAUUAAUUUUAUCAGAAUAUUGUCAUUUAAUAAAUAGUAUUGUCUUCAAA